AAAUCCAACUACUUUAAUUGACCGAACCAGCGUAGUUCUUUUGGUAGCUCCCCUCUCCGUCCACCGCCCCCCGGUCCCCUUUCUUCUUUGAAGCCCUCCUCCGCUAGCCGAACCACCAAACCAGAGAAUCACCAGCCGAGGCCGAGGGAGGAGGUCUUGGCGAUCCGCCGCGCCGCACCUCCGCAUCCUCUUCCCGCCAUGUCUCACCAAGAUUCGAAUCCGAAGGUAUCUGUUGAUAAGGCAAACCUUGAUGUAGCCUGCUCACAUGCAGAGGAGAAUGGUUUUUUGGAUCUGACUCCUGCCUUUGAUUCAGAAAAGGCCAUCUAUGAAUAUCUUCAUCAACCACCCAUUAGGACAUCUGAUGACCAUCUUGUUGAGUUCUCAGAGGCUCUGAGGACUGUUGCAAAGGCAUUAAGACGUGUUGCAGAAGGAAAGGCUGCUGCUCAAGCAGAGGCAGCUGAAUGGAAGCGUAAAUAUGAAUUGGAGAGAGCACACAGGAAUAAAGCACUAGCACCAUCAUUGGAAGGUUGUCAUGAUCUUUCUAAAGAUUUAAAGCUGGACAAUUUAUCCAGUAAAUUAAUGGUGGAUAAUCCUGCCAUGGAACAAAAUGAAAAAUGUUGUGGGAAGCAUGGCAUUUGUUCGCAUGAGAUUCUUAGGGAUGAAGACACAGAUGCAAGCUCCAAAUUGGUUGGCAGAAGGGUUGCGAGAAAGGCAUCAUUUAGGCUUGCAUGGGGAUGCAAUGGAGACAAAAGUGGUCAGCACAAGCAUGAAAUAGUCUCCUUUGAAAAGGGAAACAUAACAACUGCAGAGCGCAGCAGUAAGCAGAUUUUGCUGAAAUGGGAAUCCCAGCCACAAACCGUGCUUAUUUUAACCAAACCAAAUUCUACCUCUGUUCGUUUGCUAUGUGCCGAAAUGGUCAGAUGGCUAAAAGAACAUAAAAAAAUAAAUGUUUUUGUGGAGCCUCGUGUACAGACUGAACUUCUACUGGAGUCUCCUUACUUUAGAUUUGUGCAGUCAUGGGAAAAUGAUGAGGAAAUAAAACUCCUGCACACAAAGGUCGAUCUUGUUGUAACUCUUGGUGGUGAUGGAACAGUUCUUUGGGCGGCAUCAUUGUUUAAAGGACCAGUUCCUCCUCUUGUGCCAUUUUCCCUAGGAUCAUUGGGCUUCAUGACCCCUUUCCAUAGCGAACAUUAUCGGGAUUGUUUGGAUACAAUUUUAAAGGGACCAAUUAGCAUCACAUUGCGCCACCGGUUACAAUGCCAGGUUAUCCGAGAAGCAGCCAAGGAUGAACUAGAGACAGAGGAGCCCAUCCUAGUCCUAAAUGAAGUUACAAUUGACCGUGGGAUAUCAUCCUACCUUACUUAUUUAGAAUGCUAUUGUGACAGCUCCUUUGUUACACUCGUGCAAGGGGAUGGAUUAAUUUUAUCAACAACAUCUGGAAGCACAGCGUACUCUCUAGCAGCUGGAGGAUCAAUGGUCCAUCCACAGGUCCCUGGCAUACUCUUCACACCAAUCUGCCCGCAUUCUUUGUCAUUCAGGCCUCUGAUAUUACCAGAGUACGUGACUUUGCGGGUGCAAGUACCUUUUAACAGCAGAGGACAUGCCUGGGCAUCUUUUGAUGGCAAGGACAGGAAACAGUUGGCUGCUGGUGAUGCACUCAUCUGUAGCAUGGCACCUUGGCCGGUGCCUACAGCUUGUCAAGUGGAUUCCACCAAUGACUUCCUUCGAAGCAUCCACGAGGGCCUUCAUUGGAAUUUGAGGAAGAGUCAAUCAUUUGAUGGCCCUCGUGAUUCAUAGCCUUGUCUGCUCUAGUUGAUUCAAGGCACCAGCAAGGUUUGGUUAUUUCGGAGAAAUUUUACUUCAUGUUUGAUCACUGUAGCAGAGAUUCCUAAGAAAGGAUCACCCGGUGUGUAACUUGAAAUCGCUUCUCCCACCUCAUUCCGCCUAAAUUAUAUGAAAAAGAUCUAAUGUAAAAGAAUGAGUUUAUAUCUAUAGAAAGCAAGAAUCAUACCAUCUUAGUUGUGAUGGCCCCAUAGGUGUAGAGGUAGUAGUGAGAUUUGUAAUAAUGGGAACUUAAUUUCAUCAAUACACAUAACCCUUCGUGGAUCAGAUAAGGGUGAUUACUGUCU